AUGAAGAUAUGGGGUCAACACUACAGCGGUGUGGAAAAACAACAUCGUUUGGUUGUGAGUCACGACCGGCAACUGCUCGGGGGAUCGGGAGCUCCAUCGAGCAUGCCUCACCCGGAGUUUCGAGUUGUUCAAGAGGAGGCUGGAGUUGUUAAAAGACAAAUGAUUAAGCUCAGAAAUGCCACCGACGUCUCAUCACUUCUUUCAUUUUACUCCAGUCAUGAUGAAGAAUAUAAAGGAAGCGGCAACUUGUGCGUUGUUCACUGUGCUAAUGUCGUGAGCUCGCGGUCAUGGAGAAGAUGUACGGGUUAUGACUGCUAUGAACGCUCGGCGACGUCUAGGACUGCCUGCGAAUUACGCAGGAAAUGUCGUCUGCAGCGCAAUGACGACAGUGACGAAAUCUUUUUGCGCGACGCUAUCAACUUCCUGGCCGAGCACAGCAACGAGUUUGAUGGUACGCAUCCGUGGUAUGCGUCCUUCCCUCGAAUGACAUGCUAUGACGGCUGUGUAAUCAUUACGGAGGCCCAAAAAGGUGGCGAAGGGAUCGAUGUGGGUGUAUUUAUUGAAUUUACUGCCAUGGAGAAGCUCAAGAAGAUGUUUUCUGAGGUGUCGAACCUUUACGAAAAGCCGAUGUCUGGUGAUGAUGAAGUACAAGAUUGA